AUGCGGCACUUGCCAAUGCCAGAGCUCGACACGAUCACCUUGACGGUCUUCUCGCCUCGACCGCGCGAUGGUGCAUAUGGCAUGGGAGUUUCGGCUGGGCAGGUGCCGACUUUGUGUUUUGCCUCUUCUGUAGAAUCGAACGCAAUUCUCGCGCACUUCAUCCCAUCACCAGCCCCUCUGGUGGCUCCGACUGGUUUGGAGCUGGAUGAGCUUCUGAUGAAGGAAAUCCCCCCGCAUGGCCUUCUCCCUGAUCCUGAGACCAAGCAGCUUCAGCCAAGGAGAAGAUGGAGCAUGCCAGCGAAGACGAGUGCAGUGGCUGUGGCUCCAAAUGGCGGGAUCUUCGCUAUCGGCGGAUGCCAGGGAUCGCUCGCUUUGGUGAACACGGCUGCAGGGCCGAGCCUACGAACGAUGCUGCCAGGGCACUACGGAGCCAUCAAUGCGUUGACCUUCCAUCGAGCCGGGCAGCUCAAAAACAUUCAAAACUGGGCCGCAGGGGCAUCAACAAAGACGUUGAUCCUUCAGGAUAAGAUCCUGGUGUCUGUGGGUGCAGACUGUCGCAUUCUGAGACGCCGAAAGUCUCCGCCGAAUCAUUUUUUGGAAUCAGCUCAGACGGCUAGGCGGCUAGGAAGCCGGUAG